CCCCACCGUACCUUUCCUGAUUAUUCUCUACGAACCAAUCAGAAGGCGAAUUUAUGUCAGCUGACCUCGCUGUGAUUAAAAACAACAAACUUUUCCAAAAGCAGAAGCAGGUUUUCUCUUACGCACCACUUACACUCGUAGACGACCUAACCUUCUAGCUUUGUCUUUCGCGGCCCGCGCUAGCAGAGAUUGCCAGCAAGGCUUUUCUGCAAAGAGUUCUAUGCUAAACUUUUUCCCUCUCGCUCUGGAACGGUGAAAAUGGCCAGUUCCCCUUCCUCCGGCGGUGUAACCACAAUUCCAACAGCCUCCACGAAGAAGAUGCGUGUUCGAAGCAAGUCGACCUCAGCUGUUGAAGAUGCGAAAGAGGCUCCACAGAACAAUGGAAGGCGAGUGGUGAUUGACGGUGUCAAAGCAGGCCUAAAGAAUGGUUUUAACGGGACGCAAAAUGGCGAAGAGUCUUCGUUAUUCGUGAAAGCCCCCAAAGACAAACACCACGAUAGAAAAUCCCGGAGCGGUCGCCGAGGUCUACCAAAGAAAGGUAAGCCAGUGUAUCAUUUUCUAUAGAAUCAGCUUGGAUUAUUUUUAGCGCGAAACAGCACUGCCAUUUGUUUUGAAAUUUCCGUGCAUAUGCACUUGUGUUUGACAUGGUUCACAAAUCUCUGAACAACCCAUGGUUUCGUAUCAAAACACUAUUGGCUCAUGAAUAUUGAAUACGGUGAGGUUGAUCGUGGAUGCCACGCGGCCCUGAGUGGUAAUUUUACUUUACCUAGACCUGCGUUCGUUCAUUUAUCACUGCCAAAUGCAGCGUUACUUUUGUUCCCGACGUGCACAACAUAAAUUUAAAAAAGUCUCAGAGUCAUUAUGAGAGUUGAGCACCAACGGUGUUGCAAAUUUUUGCGGGCGUACAAUCAUGCUUGUGUACAACUGUACAAUAUUGUGUUUUGAAUUUGAAAUGCUUUUGUGCUAAUGAGCUGUAAUCCUUCAAUGUGUUGUGUUGUGUUGCCAAAAGUUGGUUUGUUUCUCUUUAAACUCUGCCAGCUUAAGAUAGUGCUGUACCUAAAGCUAAAAUUUUUUGGUGACUUCUGUUUAUGUAUAUGUCGGAUAAAUUUUGGCGUAUGAGGGAAGUGUGACUACCUUAUUCCUGAACGCAUGGAAUGGCUCUUUACUGAGAAAGGGUGCCUUUGUUUGAAGGAUUACCAUAAGCUUGCAAAUAAUUUAAAACCUUUCGUGCAAUACAAGUAUCGCUAAUACUGAUCGUCAUAUCACUAUGGAGUAUUUCUCGAGGUCAGAGAUACGAGAUAUUGGAUAACUUAUUCGAUUGGAAAUUUGUAAACAAAGCAAGAUGGAUUGAUUUCAUAGCUGAUAUGGUUCACAGGUUUUCCAGCGUAUGUGUACGAAAAGGCAAAUCUUUCGUGUGAAUUAAGGGUAAAAUUCGAACGGCUGUAGAUAAGUUUCCUUUUCUAUACUGUUUCGUAGCGAAGUCGAAACCUUUUCAAGUUGUUUACAGCUGAAUCUACCCUUAUCAACUUGUGUAUUCAGCUCUAUAAAGAGAAUCUACAAUUGAAAUGUUACACAGUUUGACUGUCGCAAUGUAGCCAAAUCUCUACCGAAACUUGCUCUGGAUGUUGUGUUUUUGGAUUAUGAAAAGUCUCAAGGGGAAGAAAUUUUUAAUUGUCAUUUGUAAAUGGGGGUUUAAUAACAAUAAAGGAAGGAAGACAACCUGAUUGGUUUGCACGUUUUAUGAUACAAAGUGAGGUUUCUCACCUCAAUUACCUGGAACAUUUAACAGUUCACAGUUCACCUAGAAUCUUAGUGGUUUAGAGGGAAAUUUUUCUAUGUAUUUUACUUCUUUUAAAAGAUUAUUUUCAUCAGAAGAGGAUGUCUAAAAGUUACCUGAUGGAAAGGUUUGCAAUCACAUAAUUGCCCUCAAGCCUUAUUGGCAUGCAAAUUCAUCUCCUCAACUGCUGUUUGGGUAACAAAACAAUGUUGCCUGCAUAAUUUCUCUCUUUGGUUCUGCCACAUUUUAAAAGCUGGGCAACCCUUGAUAUUUUUUUAUGUACGAGUGACCUAAGUUUAAAUCCACACUGGAUGUCAUUACCAUUGAAACCUAUUACACAUGGAAUAUUGCAUGGUGGAGCAUGGACUGAAAUUUUGUCUUCAGGUGUGAUAAAUUCAUAUCCACAAGCAGACAAAGACAAAAAAAAAGCUGAACCAAACCGUUAGUUAAUGGUCUUAAAAAGAAAAGCUAUCUUUAAAAAUAAAAUUUACAUUUUGUUCACCUUGGUUACCAUGAGGUUCUUUGCUUGUGAAGAUGUAAAUUGGUAUCAUUAUGGGACAAUGACUGCACAUGGUGAAGACAACCUUUUCAAAAGAGGAGAAAACUUUUGUCAAAAUGCAUAAUAAAUUUACUUUGCCAAAAUAAAUUAAUACGUGAACAUUUCACUUCAAAAGAUUGGAAUCAUUUGAUUUGGUGCAUUUUAGGUUACGCUGUGUAACGUGACUUAUAACUUAUGACUUAAAUCUGGAAAAUGGGAUUGUAGUGAUUUAAAAAUAUCUGGAAAAAAGUUUUUAACUUGAUAUUUUUCUUGCAAAAAAAGUGUGAAUGAAUUCUGCUGAGUGGUAGAGGGUGAAAGAUGAAAGAUGAAAGAUGAAAGUUUAUUUCCAUUUUUACCCUAGAUUAGUAAUCAUGUGCAAAUCCUAUCAGUUGGGAAUAGUCAUUCAUUUGAAUUUCUGCAGGUGGAGCAGGGGGAAAGGGUACUUGGGGAGCCAUUGGUGAAGUACUGACUGAUGAAGAUAUGAAGAUCAGAGACCAACAUGAUCCAAAUUAUGAAUCAGAGGAAGAUGAGGAUGUGGGUGUCAGCUCUUUAUGUCAUAAUAUGUAUUUCGUUGUCAGUAUAGUUUUUUAUCUUUUGAGAAUCACAAACAUAAGUUUUCUGUCGUCAAAAGUGUUUGUCAAUAAAGAACUUUCUUCUUAUACGUGUUUUCACAAUGGAUAUGUCUUGAACGUGUUCAUUUUUUUGACCACCAGCUAACAUCAGCAGUAUUCUUAGCAGCAUGCUCAUGAAUCAUUUCAAGAGUAUAUUACCUUGAUUGAGUUUAUAUUUGUGUUAGAGCUUAUGGAUAUGAUGAAGUAUAUAUAUCUUGUAGGAGCCUUUUGAUAUAAAGGAGUGCAAACCAGAGCUUACUGAGGAAGAGUUUAGCAAAAACAUCACACCGAUUGUGCAGGUAAUUAAUGAUUUCAUCAACAUAGAAGAGGUAGUCCUAAAAAAGCUUUCACUUUCUUUAAGGAGUUAUCCAUCUAAUAUCUGUGAAAUGUUAGAAUUAAAAAAUGUAAGAAUACACUCAUUGUUAUUAAUCAGAAAAUCAUGGAGACUUCUUCUUCAUUUAAAGCCAUACAUUUUGGGAUUCACACCACAAUUUCAAGGAUAGAAGACCUUAGGGUUGCCAAAAGGAAUAAAUAUAUUCAAAUAAUACUUUUAAUGUCUUACUAAUCAACUCAUUGCAUGUAUGUUUGUUUGUCAUAAUUAAGCAUACUACUUGGAUUUGAACUUGGGGUGUGACUAGGUUUGGCAUUUCUUCAGGCCUUCUUAAAGCCUCUCCAUAGUCCAUGUAUACUUCUAGUAGGAGAGAGGCACGGUAAGAUUAAAGUGCUGUGCCCAAGGGAACAAUACAAUGGAUCAGUUAGGUUUCAAACUCGGACAACACAACCCAGAGUUCAUUGCACUAAUUGACAGGUUACUAUGUCUCUCACAGAAAGAAAAAAUAAAAAUGGAUGUUGAAUAUCUGUUGGAUAAACUUGUUUGUUUAUUUGUUUUUCAGGAAUAUUUUGAGCAUGGAGACACAGAGGAUGUCUUGGUGAGUCAAUUGGCAAUGCCUACAUGACAACGAUCAAAUUCACAUGGUUGAUAAUGUUUUUCAGAAAAAUAAAUGGGACAUGAGUUAAGGUGUUUCAAUUUUUGCUGCACUUGGUUUUGCCAAAGUCAAAUACAAUUUGAGUUUGUUGCAAGGAUAAACUAUUACAGUUUGUCAUUAGGGAGACCAAAAUAUCUUCCAUUUUUUAGUAUUUAUGAUAGGAAAAAUAACUGAUUUGGUUUCUAAAGUUUGGUUUAGCAAAUUGAUGUUUUUGUUUUUUGUCACUGAAGAAAGUCGCUUGAUGCCCAAGUCUGUUUAUCAUUUGUAAUAUUUAGUGUUUACAAAUCAUUGCACAUAAUUGUUUUUUUCAUAAUUAAGAAAAGUAGUGGUGGCACUGAAAGGCAAUUUGUUGAUUAAAACAUGGAAGAACAAAUAAGGUUUUAUUGUAAUGUUAAUGAUUGUGCCUUGAGUAAUUAUCACACAUGGUUUUCUUUUGGGGGGGUUUUUUGUCUUAUGUGAAGCUUUUUUCCUGACUGUGAGAGGUUAAUAGUCUUUUUUAGGGAGUGAGUGAAAGAUUAAUCAUGUAUUAAUAUGACUCCUUAAACAGCUCUCCCUGGAGGAACUUAACAUAUCUUCAAGGAAGUACAAGGUAGACCUAACCAUCUCAGACUUUUUCCAUAAUCUCUGUGUAAUGUGUUGUUGUUUUUGUUGUUAUUGUUGUUAUUAUGGUUAUAAUUAAGAUGAUUUGUGUCAUAACAAAUACUAACUGAUGGAAUGUCGUCCCUUUUUCAUUAUAACCUCUGUUAUUAUAUUAUUGUUUUGAGGAAAUUUGUAAUUACUUAAUAUAUUUUAUCUCCAAAUACCACUGUAAGGUAAAGGUUCCUGCCUCUCUUUUUGUUUUAGUUUAUGGCCAUUUAGGAAACCGAGAUAUAUUUAUUAAAUAAGCCUGUUUUCUAAAAUACAGGUUCCUGCCUUUGCUGUCAGUCUUGCACUGGAGAAAAAGGUAAAUGUUGUUUAAAAUGUACUCAAGAGUGGGAGAUGCUAUCUUACAUGAUAAUUUUUAUUUACCGACUAUUGUUUUUACUACUUUUAUUUUUAUUAUUUUCAGUCAUAAUAAUAAUUAUUUCUAGGAGAAAUGUUGUAUGUAACAUUGUCAGUUAUUGAUAAAUAUGUGAUACAAAAAGAGUUGAUCUUCUUGCUCUGAAAUCAUUAUUCCAUUUUUAUUACUAGAAAAAACAAACCACUCUUUCAUAAACAGACAAAAGAUAUGAUUAAAUGCCAGAACUGAACAAGGCUUGUCACUAUUUUAUUUCUGUCCAACAUUGUGAUACUUUUAGUAUAAUGAUAACAAGUUGUACGCAGCUUGAUUUCAAAUUUCUUUCAAGAGAGGAAAAAAGUGUUUUCGAUGACAACAUGAUUGUGUGUUGAAUUAGGUUGUUUCAGCAUUAAACUUGCAUCUUUUAAUAGCACAAUUCUGAUAACAACUCCCCACCUCAGAAUUUCUGGGAUCUUCCUUCUAGCCUUCCCUUAUCUCACUGGAGUUAAGGUUGCUUUCUGUGGUAAGCAUGUGAAUAUGUUCAGUUAUAAAUCACUGACUUUUUAAGGCUCUUUCUGAUAACAAUAAUUAUUUAACAGUUUACAUCUAUAAACCACAAUUAAUUGGUCAAAGAUUGCUUUUCCAGUUACCAUAUAUACAGAGUGUUUUCACUAGAUUGAAAAGCUGGUGAACUUAUGUGGUAUGAUCUUCACAAAUUUCUUACUUACAGGCAACUCAGAGAGAAAUGGCAUCAGUUCUCAUCUCAGACUUGUAUGGCAAGCAUCUCAGCCAAGACGACAUAGCACAAGGUAAGUUAGUGGUCAGUACCAUUACUUAUGUAAGAUGUUCAUUGUGGCUGAUGAGGAGAAGGCAAUAUUGGAACAAGGGCAGUGACACACCAUCGGAAAAGGAAAUGAAGUUUUACAAGAGCCAGAUGCAUUGUGUUGCAUGUGGAGAUCAUAAAUGGAAGUGCCUCACCAUUAUAUUUUAUUCUGAUCUCCUGGUGCUGUUGUUUUGAUACUGAGUUUUGGGACAUAUUGGUAAUUCUUUAUCUUCAUGGCAAGUAUUGAAUAUGAAGCAUUUAGUCCAGUCCUUAUUAAAGUGGCAUAAGAAGGUUUUUUGGCAGGGCAAGAAGCCAUAAACAAAAAGCAAAUACCCAACAGUUUGCUUAAAAAAAGAGUUCCCAAAAAUACAGAAGUAUAAAGGCUGGCCAACAGCACUUUUUGGGGGAGAGAUUUAGCAAUAGAAGUUAAUCUUGCUAAUUAAAGUGGGCUUAUUCAAAUGCAUGUUUCACUUCUUAAUUUUUUCUGUGCUCUUUUUGAUAAUGUUAUUGUCCUAUGUUUGUGAUUCCAGGGUUCCAGCAGCUGUUAGAUGACCUUGAUGAUCUGAGUUUGGACACCCCUGAUGCUCCAGAGGUAACUUUAACUUAGAUGUUACUGAUAAGUACAGGCUCAGUUAGCCAUAUGGGCCACUAUGAUUACAAGUCCAAUUCUUUCUCUUUUUUCAACAACCUUGUAUGAUGCUAUUCAAAGAUUGUUUGCACUAAACUAGAGUUUUUUGCUUUUCCAAGAUGGUGGGAAAGUUCAUUGCUCGUGCUAUUGCUGAUGACUGUUUGCCACCAGCUUUUGUUAGUAAUUUGGGAGAUGCUCCUCCUAAUUCCAAUCAAGCGUAAGUACAAUUUUCUAUUGAUAGUUUACUGCCUGUUUCAUUUUGUAGCUGAUAACAUGUUCAAGAAAAUAACCUGUUUGUUCACUAUUUUGACAGCAAAGCCUUGACUGAAGCAGGUGUGCUGCUGAAAAUGAAACAUGGGAUGGUACGAUUGGAUAGUGUGUGGGGUGUGGCUGGAGGAAGACGCCCAGUCAAGUAUCUUGUGAAAAAGGUUUGUUUAAUUAGCAGAGUUCAAGAGACCUUGAGUGAAUAAUGUUGAUGAAAAUGAUCUUUGCAAAAUUUAUAAAAAAGAAGCUUUACAUUUAGAUAGGUCAGGGUUUCACUCACAAACAAUUAAAUUGCAGGCAAAUUCAAUGCAUUUUAUCAACCAAAAGUAACCUUUAGUUGUUGCAAAUGGUUUGUGCGGUACAUUUGUCUUUGCAGUUCUCCAGUUCAUGAACCAUUAGCUGAGGUGUGUCAGCGUUGUGAGGGAAUUAGCUUUGAUAGCCAUGGGAUUGUAACCCAUCCUGUAAGAGUCAACUCUCUUAUGUGUAGUUUUUGUUUGCAGAUGGUUUUGUUGCUGAAAGAGUAUUUGUCUUCAGAAGAUAUUGAAGAAGUAAGUAAAGUUUUCAGUACUUAAACAAAUUAAUGAUUUUCCAAGUGAUAAAUGGUUGUUAUCUUUUUGGAUGGUUGUUUUGAGAUGAGAACCAAAUACAUUUAAAAAAGGCAAUUUUGACCCAAAAAUGAUAAGCACUUGCUUAAUGUGACACCAAACAGCCUCCUUUUUUUUUUUUUUUUUUUUUUUGGUUCAUUAACAACAACUGGAAGAGUAACAGUAGAAGAGCAAGUGGUGCAGCCUCUUUUUUUACUUGUCUAUUUUGUUUUGGAUGCCUUCUCCAUUAAGGAAACAAAUCUCCCUUGGCGUGAGUAAGAACUGGAAGAGUUAGAGGAAGUAUUGUUAUGGUUGAUUGUCUUUUUUUCCUUUCCCAGGCAAGUCGUUGCGUCCAGGAGUUGGAAGUGCCACAUUUCUAUCAUGAGCUGGUUUAUGAGGUAUGAUGGUCACUAUUGAUAACUGAGCUCCGAAACAUGCCCUUAUUUAUCCAACCUUAAACUUUAAAUGAAUAUUCCCAAUGCUCUGCUGAAGAUAUUAAACUGAAGGUUCAUGUCACAAGCAUCUCGUUUUCUCAAGGAUGGCAAUGUCACCUGAGUUUUCCAUAGGUUUCAAUUAUUCACUAACUUUUUUUUCUCACUGAGCUAAAUUUGAAGUCGACAAAUAUCGGUUGAAGCAGUUUCAAUGUAGAUUACAAUUUUAAAACGUGUUUAACAUAACAUCUUUAAAACACGCGUAAGUUUUGGUGUGAUAAGGCAUUAGAUUUGGAUCAUUCCUCAUCUGCACCAGGUCUGACUUUGUUGUUGUUGUUGUUGUUAUUAUCUGUCAACAGGCAAUCAUUAUGACUUUGGAAGAUGAGCAUGAUCGAGUGAUGACCCUCAUGAAGAAUUUAUUACAGUUCUUCUCAAACACUAACAUUGUCAAACCGGACCAAAUUAAGAAUGUAAGUUGGUUGUUUGGGCGAAGAAAGUUGAAAAACUAAAAUCGUGUGGUACCCCUAGUCUCUGGAAUGUUAAAAGGUUUGUUUCAUUGAAGACUGUUUUUUUUCUCUGCUUUAUUUAACAGGGUUUUCAACGUGUGUUUGACUCUUUUUCCGAUAUCCAACUGGAUAUUCCACAUGCUCAUACACUCCUGGAAAAGUUCACCGACAUGUGUGCCCGCGAUGGAAUCAUUCCAAUCUCCUUUACUAUGAAAGUCCCUUCCAGGUAUGUGUACGUGCAAGGUUUCACCAAUACUAAUAGUAAUGGCUCCGCGUAUGCCUACUACUAUUUAACCGUAGAUUCAGUCUCGAGCCUCAAACAAUGAUUGGGAGAAGUCUUCCUCAUUUGCCGAAUUAGUUUUAAAAGAAUUAAUUCAGCACAUUUUAUUACCAGGAAAUACUUAUUCUCAAUUUACUAGUUUAAACUUCUACAUAUGCUAAAAUACUCUCUGUAAUAAUGGGUAAAGUUUUAGAAAAUUAUUUUUGCCUUUUGCCGCUGGACCAAGAUUAGUGUCACUCAACCAUCACCUGGAUGCAAACCUCUUUUUUUCCCUUUUUCGCUAUAACAUUCCGGUAAAUUCAAGGCAAGCUAGGCUGAAGUUAUGACUAAUAAUCUGGUAUCAUCAACUGAGUUGAUAACGUAAAUUGGCCACCGUAAAGAGUUUUAGAGCUGAGAUCAGAGCGAUGGAGGGCUAACGCUCGAAACGUAAACUUUGAAACUCUUUACGGUGGCCAAUUUAAGCUAUCAACUUAGUUGAUAAUACCAAAUUACCUUGUUAUACUCUCCCACUGACGCAGCUCCACAGUUUCUUCAAAAAACGUACCCCUUUGUUGAAAUUAUGACCAGUUACCUUUCCUCGGUGUAACAGAAAAUUGUCCACGGUUCCCCUAAUGGUUGUAGUCUUGUUCAAUCCUUUUUAUCGGUAAGAUAUACAUAUUGUGUGGUUUCUUCUUUGUUUCUAAGUAGUGUGUUUUCCUUUGUGUUGCAGAGGACGAAAGCGCUUUGUCAGCGAAGGUGACGGGGGAUUGGUGAAAUCUUAGCUUUCCUGCUCCUAAGAAAGCAAUAACGAGCCAGACAAUUAAUCAGUGAACUCUACUAACAAAGGGAGAACAUUCUUGUUUAAAAAGGGGUCUUGUUUGUCACGGUCUCCCUCGAAGCCGUUCUUUUGCAUGUAACCUAGCGUUGCCCUGUUCCGUGGCAUCCCAAAAGACGGCUACGAAAGAGACCAUGUUUGUCAGUACACCGGUAUUCUUAGCCACCUACGUUUAGUGUUAACACUAAGCUAAAAUUGUUGUAAUCGUGUAUGAAUGAUUCUCGACAUGAUGUCGUUAGCCCCUAGUUCUUGUUAAGUUGCGAAUUUUCUCUACAUCUCUCUCUCGCUCUCUCUUUCUCUGUAUCCUUGGUGGGAUCGAUGUCUCCUGUGCGCAGACCAUACCUUGAAAAUUACUUUUAUACUUUAUUUUCAAUUUGGUUCUUCAACUGUUAAGAUUCGCUUUCCAGUGAAAAUUUUUUUUACGAGGGUUUUCAUUGUUAUUUUGAGCUAACGGCAGUAAAACUAACUUGUACAUAAGGGUUUUUCGUAAGUCGAGGUAGUUGUGAUGUUAUAACUUAUUGGUGGAAUGUAUUCUUUUUUGUUACUGUUAAUGCGUAAUGUAGUCAUCACUGCAGAGUGAUAUUAACGAGAAAUGAAGUGAACGACGGACUGCUGUGGCCUUAAGUCACCUUGAAUCGAUAAUAAUGUAUUUUGAAUGGGGAGUAACUGCGAUGUCUCAGUCAUUUUUUCGUAAGUUCUAUUUUUCAUCCCGCAGUUUUCAGUUCUUGUGUCGUUUACUCUUUGUCAGCUUUAGCAUUCGACGUUUCUGUAGUAUUUUUAGUUCAGUUAAGGUUAUAACAAACAAACUCCUGAUAUCAAGGGUUUAGAGAAACUUGCGAUAUGUUUUUUGUUUUCUUCCUCGCUCUCUUUUGGACAUUUAUGUUAACAGCGAAAUCAUCCCAGACAAUAUCACAUUUUUUUUCAAACGCUUUGUCUCCCUUCUUACAUGUGAAAAUUGUACAGACUCUCUCUGGCUUGUCAAACUUUAUAAACAAAUAAAAAAAUUGAAACCC